AUGGAUAAGAGAGUUAUUCAACAAGCAGUCUAUGAAUUGGGAGAUGUCAAAGAUCAUGUACUGAUUACCACGAACGUCGCGCCAAAUAAGAAUUGUUACAAUUUUCCAACAUUCCAAGGAACACAAGAAUUCUCUUCUCAUUGCAUUGUUUCGAGUUCUGACGAUGAAUCGAAAUGUAAGAAAUGGAGAAUCUAUGAGGAAGCUUGUGAAGUGAUGCUGAUUGAGAAGGACUAUGUACGUGCGUUACAAUUGUUUGACAAGUAUUUGAUGGAAGUGGAUGAUGGAACAAGUGCUUCAAAGGAUUUACCCACUCUUCAAUGGAUGGAGCAAUGUAAGAAGAAUAUUCUCGGUAGCAGCACUUGCACAGACACCACCAUCCAAUGA